AUGCUGUACAUCAGCGACCCGAUGCAGCAUUACACCACGUCCCAGUUCAAUUUGCUGAACAACAGCAUGGAUCAGAGCAUCGGCAGCAGAGCAGCCUCCACCAGCCCCUACAGCUCGGAGCACACCUCCAAUGUCCCAACGCACUCGCCCUACUCGCAGCCCAGCUCUACCUUCGAGGCCAUGUCCCCGGCGCCCGUCAUCCCCUCCAACACCGACUACCCUGGUCCCCACCACUUUGAGGUGACCUUCCAGCAGUCCAGCACCGCCAAGUCAGCCACCUGGACAUACUCCCCCCUGCUGAAGAAGCUCUACUGUCAGAUCGCCAAGACAUGCCCCAUCCAGAUCAAGGUGUCCACCACACCUCCCCCAGGCACCAUCAUCCGGGCCAUGCCUGUCUACAAGAAGGCAGAGCACGUCACCGAGGUGGUGAAACGCUGCCCCAACCACGAGCUCGGCCGCGACUUCAACGACGGCCAGUCAGCCCCUGCCAGUCACCUCAUCCGGGUGGAAGGUAACAACCUCUCCCAGUACGUGGAUGACCCAGUGACAGGACGGCAGAGCGUGAUGGUGCCCUAUGAGCCCCCACAGGUGGGCACCGAGUUCACCACCAUCCUGUACAACUUCAUGUGCAACAGCAGCUGCGUGGGAGGGAUGAACAGGAGGCCCAUCCUCAUCAUCAUCACCCUGGAGACGAGAGAUGGGCAGGUGCUGGGCAGGAGAUCCUUCGAGGGACGGAUCUGUGCCUGUCCCGGCAGGGACCGCAAAGCCGAUGAAGAUCAUUUCCGAGAGCAGCAAGCCCUGAACGAGAGUGCAGCGAAAAAUGGCAACGCCAACAAGCGCACAUUCAAGCAGAGCCCUCAGGGCAUCCCAGCGCUGGGGACAGGCGUCAAGAAACGGAGGCAUGGGGAGGAGGAGAUGUACUAUGUGCCUGUGCGAGGCCGGGAGAACUUUGAGAUCCUGAUGAAGAUAAAGGAGAGCCUGGAGCUGGUGGAGCUGGUCCCGCAGCAGCUGGUGGAUUCCUACCGGCAGCAGCAGCAGCAGCUCCUGCAGAGGCAGAGUCAGCUGCAGACAUCCUCCUCCUACGGACCGGUGCUUUCACCCAUGAGCAAAGCUCACGGCGGAGGGCUCAACAAGCUGCCCUCUGUGAACCAGCUGGUGGGGCAGCCAGCUCAGCACAGCUCCACGCCCAGCCUGGGCCCCAUCGGGCCUGGAAUGCUGAACAGCCACCCCAUGCAGCCCAACGGGGAGAUGAACGGGGCCCACUCGUCCCAGUCCAUGGUCUCGGGGUCGCACUGCACUCCCCCUCCGCCCUACAACCCCGACCCCAGCCUCGUCAGUUUUUUAACAGGAUUGGGGUGUCCAAACUGCAUCGACUAUUUCACCUCACAAGGGUUACAGAAUAUUUACCACCUGCAGAACCUAUCCAUAGAGGAUCUCGGAGCACUGAAGAUCCCGGAGCAGUACAGGAUGAUCAUCUGGAGGGGCCUGCAGGAGCUGAAGCAGAGCCACGACUACGGGGCCCAGCAGCUGAUCCGCUCCAGCAGCAAUGCCUCCACCAUCUCCAUCGGCAGCUCGGGCGAGCUGCAGCGGCAGCGCGUGAUGGAGGCCGUGCACUUCCGCGUGCGCCACACCAUCACCAUCCCCAACCGCGCCGGCGACGACUGGGCCGACUUCGGCUUCGACCUCCCGGACUGCAAGUCCCGCAAACAGUCCAUAAAGGAGGAGUUCACGGAGGCAGAGAUCAACUGA